UUGAAGCAGGAGAGGGAGCAAAAUGGAGAGUUGAUUCGCCGGAAGAGGAUGGAAGUCGAACAGCUCAACAUGGAUAUCAGCACUAUGCAGAACAAACUGCCAGCAGAUGGCAUCAGCGAACUAUGCCCUCAGCAACGAGCCAACAAACUGUCACAUCUCUUCGACGAGUAUAUCAGGGAACGAACGCUAACUAACUGGAAGUUCUACAUUUUCAGUUUGAUAGUGAAAUCCUGGCUGGCGUCAUACAAUGACGAUGUGAUGACGUCAUCACGUCAAAUGAUGCACAGCACAAUCUUCAAGUGGGUUGAACAGAAGUGCUCACUGCCCAUACUGAGGAAUGAUGUGCUGACGUCAUUAUGCAACCUCAGUAAGAGUACGUCCAUUCUGACGGAUCCAUCCAUCCUUCCACAGCAAGUUCUCAUGGCUGUACAAGAACAACCUACCGAUUGA